AUGGCAAAACCUUAUGUGAAACCCAAGGAGAUGACAGAGUUGGUCAACACACCAUCCUGGAUGGACAAAGCUCUGGGCUCUCAGAAUGAGAUGAAGGAGGAAGAGAGAAGAUCAGCUGCUUAUGGGAUGCUUGGAAGCUUAGCUGAAGAGCAUGACAGUAUUGAGGAGGAAGAAGAGGAGGAAGAGGAUGGGGAGAAGCCUAAGAGAAGGGGUCCCAAGAAAAAGAAGAUGACAAAAGCUCGCCUUGAGAGAUUCAGGGCUCGAAGAGUCAAGGCCAAUGCUAGAGAACGGACCCGGAUGCAUGGCCUGAAUGAUGCCCUGGACAACCUGAGGAAAGUCAUGCCAUGUUACUCUAAGACUCAAAAGCUCUCCAAGAUAGAGACUCUUAGACUGGCCAGGAACUAUAUUUGGGCUUUGUCUGAGGUCCUGGAAACUGGACAGACACCUGAAGGGAAGGGCUUUGUGGAGAUGCUCUGCAAAGGGCUCUCUCAGCCUACAAGCAACCUGGUGGCUGGAUGCCUCCAGCUGGGCCCUCAGUCUGUCCUCCUGGAGAAGCAUGAGGAGAAAUCUCCUAUUUGUGACUCUGCCAUCUCUGUCCAUAACUUCAACUAUCAGUCUCCUGGGCUCCCUAGCCCUCCUUAUGGCCAUAUGGAAACACAUCUUAUUAAUCUCAAACCCCAAGUAUUCAAGAGUUUGGGAGAAUCAUCCUUUGGGAGCCAUCCACCUGACUGCAGUACACCACCUUAUGAGGGCCCACUCACUCCACCCUUGAGCAUCAGUGGGAACUUCUCCUUGAAGCAAGAUGGCUCUCCUGACCUGGAUAAAUCCUACAGUUUCAUGCCACAUUAUCCUUCUGCAAGUCUAAGCUCAGGGCAUGUUCAUUCAACUCCCUUUCAGGCUGGUACCCCUCGUUAUGAUGUUCCCAUAGAUAUGUCCUAUGAUUCCUACCCUCACCAUGGCAUUGGGGCCCAACUUAAUACAAUCUUCACUGAUUAGGGCAGUAAGACAAGCAUUUCAGAGGAUAAUGUGGACAUGUUUCCCAUAAUUCAAGUGGGUUGAGCUGAAGAUUCAAUGACCUUAAAGGAACCCUAUAGAUAGAUAUCAAACGCAGUAGUCCCAGUCCAUUUAGGCCUUCCUGCACCUGCCACCCUCAUUUAUCAUCAGCUUCUCACACUGUAUUGAUUCAUUUAGUUAGGGUCCUCAAGUGAAAUUAUUUGAUUGUUUACAAGCACGUGGAAAUACAACAGAAGCCCUGGGCCCUAUUCUAAUGGUGCCAAAAACUCAUGAUCUAUGCCACUUAAUUUUCCAUUUCUGGCCUCUGUUUACUGAUUGGUAAAAUCAGACAACUGUUUUAAGUCUAGAUGAUUUUAAAGUCCUUCACAGUUCUGAAAAUUCAAUAAUUUUGGUGAUCACUCCUAUAAACUUACUGAAACUGAAAGAAUUGAAGAAUAAUAGUAAAUGAACACUGUGUGUGGAAUGAUUAGAUGGAGUUGCCAAAGGAGCACAGAUGCAUUUCUCUCGGGGACCUGAUAGGACGUCUAUGCAUCUAUCUAAAAAUUGUCUCCAAAGGCUAAAAUCCUAACUUGGCUGUCACUGUGAAUAACAAAGCAUGUUCUUUAAGAGAUUAGCUCUACUUCUUGUUGGCUGAGGCUGAACAUCUCUUUCUUAGUAAUAUGAGAACCAUAGUAGAGAUCUCAUACCAACUUGAUUCUUGAUUAACAUUUCAAAAGCACUUUUCUCAGUUCUAGAGAUGGGGCAAGCAAGUCUCUGUAAACAGACUCCUAUGACCAAUGGAACUUAGAGAAGUCAUCCGUACCAUUUCAUAGCCUCUGUAACCAGGAGGCUCUAAAAAUUCUGAAGAUGCUCAGGGGCUGCUAUUGGAAUCAGCAAACAACCCAGGUCAUAUUCAAGAGCAAUAAAAUGGCAAUUGGCUAU